GCCGACACUGUCAAUCUUCCUUCCGUUCAACCUCCGUCACUGUCUGUCGCGACUCAAGACUCUCCCCUCUUUUGCAAGUCAGGACAGUUUUCGACAUGAUUUCUCAAAAGGUUGCGCAGCAAUCGCUGCGGCGAUUGGCUAUUCAAUCACCCUCCGGAUUGACUCUAUCAAUGGCCAAAUUUGCUACUCCCGCUGCCAUUGCUACUGGAAGGUAUAUGCAGAUGAGACCAACCUCGACAACUCCCAACACAACCGAUCCCACCAAGAUCCUCGCCCAACAACGCCUCAAGCGCCCCGUAUCCCCUCAUCUAAGCAUCUAUCGUCCCCAAAUCACCUGGUACGCCAGUGGUCUCCACCGUAUCACCGGUUCCAUCGCCUCCGGCGGUCUCUACGUCUUCGCAACCGCCUACCUUGUUGCUCCUGUAUUCGGCUGGCAUCUUGAAUCUGCCUCAAUCGCAGCUGCAUUUGGCGCGCUACCUUUUGCUGCCAAGUUUUUGGUCAAGUUGGGUCUUGCGUUGCCUGUUACUUUUCAUUCAUUCAAUGGUGUGAGACAUUUGUUGUGGGAUACGGGGAGGUUUUUGACGAAUAAGCAGGUCAUUCAGACUGGGUGGACGGUUGUGGGGUUGAGUACGAUUAGUGCGCUUGCUUUGGCGCUUUUGUAAGGUAUCAAGGUAGUUAGAUUGUUCUAUCUUUUGAAUUUAUUUGUCUCUGUAUAUUUG